AAGGGGCGGGACCUUUGCGCAAUCGUCCCCUACAGUUCAGACUGUCACGACGUGAGGAGGAGAAACACACGUACUAGUCAACGCUAAUCAUGACCGACUCACGCGUGAGCGUGUGGAGCCGUUUGUGGAGCAAUCCCGCGGUAACCCACGGGCUCGUCGCUCUGUUCGGGAUGGGCUCGUGGAUUUCGGUCAACAGUCUGUGGGUUGAGCUCCCGGUCAUAGUGAACGAGCUUCCCGAAGGCUGGAACCUCCCCGCCUACCUCUCUGUGCUCAUAGCGUUUGGGAACUUGGGUCCAAUAGUGGUGACCAUAACCCAUCACUGUGCUCCAGGACGUCUGAACGAACGCAUGGUUAUUCCCUGCAUCCAGGCCCUGGCCGUGGUAGCGUCUGUUUUUUUGGCCAUCUUCUGGUCACACACUGUAAACAUAGCAGGAGAAUCACGAUCCCUCCCCUUCCUGCUUUUGACCUUUGUCUUAUCUUUUGUUUGCUGUACGUCCAACGUUACGUUCCUGCCUUUUAUGUUUCGCUACCCUCCCCAGUACAUACGCACCUUCUUCAUUGGCCAAGGCUUCAGCGCCUUGUUCCCCUGCAUUGUGGCUUUAGGCCAAGGCGUCGGAGAGCUGGAGUGCAAAACUGUGAAUGGCACAGUGCACCCAGAGUAUUUAAAGGAGAACUUUCCUGCCCAGAACUUCUUCUGGUUUCUGUUUGUAAUGUUGUCCGUCUCGGCGGUCAGCUUUUGGGCUCUAACACAAAGACCGUCGGAAUCGAAGAAAGAGGAGCAGGAGUCCAACUGCGCUGCGCCAAAGAGCGAUGAAGAGACUCACCGGCUCUACAAGGGAGGGACACCGGUGUCUGACGAGCUGGUCCAAGUGGAGGAGCUGCCUCCCCCGACGUUUUGGAAUCCACGAAACAUUUACCUCCUCAGCCUGCUCGCUAUCUCCAACGCCCUCACAAACGGCGUCCUUCCAUCUGUGCAGAGUUUUACCUGUCUACCUUACAGCCUCAUGACCUUUCACCUCUCUGUGGUGUUUGGCAACAUAGCUAACCCGCUGGCUUGUUUCCUGGCCAUGUUUGUGGUCCUCAGAUCUCCUGCAGGCCUGGGCGUCCUGUCUGUGGCUGCAGGCGUGUUUGCUUCAUAUCUAUUGGCGUUGGCAGCAUACAGUCCCUGUCCACCUCUCCAGGGAAGCAACGCUGGUGUGGCUUUAGUGAUUAUCUCCUGGAUCUUUUUCAUCGGCCUCUUCUCCUACCUGAAGGUGGUGAUCGGGACCCUGCUUCAUGAAGCUGGUCACGCCGGGCUGCUGUGGUGCGGCAUCUCCAUCCAAGCGGGCUCGCUCUUUGGAGCGCUGACCAUGUUCCCACUGGUAAAUGUGUAUCAGGUGUUCACCAGAGCCCAAGAAUGUGUGGACAACAGCGGCCAACAGCAAGGACUUGGCCACUGUUCUUAAGAACACAAAGGUCCAAUUUUUUUUUUGGAAAAUGACUGUUGAAUGACAAACUGCCUUCAGUGAGAACAGAGCUAGAGCUGCUCAGCGACAGUUUUCCUUCAGGAUCAUACGGCACAUCGUCGACUACCGUGACAAUUCUGAUUUUGUUGCUUUUCAACAAAAGUGACACCUGAAGUGCAUUACUGAACGAAGAUUCCUUGCAUGAACCAGCUUCUUCAUCGGAAUCAUGUGUGAAGUUUUUUGUUUAGGAACAGAUUUGUGGGACAAAAUGGAGGAUUACAAACGUUUACAGCUGGCUUUACAAAUGUGCUUUGAUUGGAUGCAGUAAAUCUUUGUCAUCCUGACAAGAGCACGCUACUUUGUCCAGCCACUAGGAGGCACUACCUGAGCCUGUUUUGUUGCUACAUGUCAGUGGACAACACAUACACAUUUGCACGCCAAUCAGUCCGUCAGGAGGCUGGUCCUACUGGGGGCACUACGACAAAUGCAUAUCUAAGUGCUGCUGAUAAACAGAGAGAAGUUCCUUGUUUGUGGAGGAUUCAAAAUGGCUGCCUCAAUGCGUGGAAGUGUCAACAAGCCUUUUUUAUCAUAAGAAAAUAUGCUUCUGAAAUAAUGUAGCUCUUCAGCUACUACACAUUCCUGCAGUCUAACACACUGUGGGAAAAAACAUGUCAUAAAACGAAGACAAAUAAGGAAAGGGGGGGGCUAGAAAGAAGGCUGAGAUCAUAAGAAUGUGUGAUUGUCAACACACCUGCCUGGAAGAGAUUGUAAUUAUCUUAAAAUUAUAGUAAUAAUUUGAGCAUCAAAGUAAAACAUGUUGACAAUUUAGCUAAUUUUUUGUGCCUUUAAUCAAAAUCUAGUGCAUUACAACUUAUCGGCUAUUUACUAUAUAUGACAACGGUUUAGAAAGAAGCAAUGUUUAAACAGGGGAUUAGCUUUUGGGUAAAUGUAUUCUUCAAGGUAGUUUAUAGUAAAAUUAACUAAAAUGUUAAAUUGUACACUUUAGAAUCACCCAUCAAUGAGAUAAUUUCUUUGACACUUUUUUGAUGCAGUGGUAACAUGCAUUGAAUUCAGGUGGGUUGCAUUUUAAGGAAUUUUAAAGUUUUGAAUAAGAAGUUAGGUUCCUGUUUUGACUGUGGCGGUGAAUGUCCAGGGAAUUGCACCAUCAUGUGACUCGAGCUCUCUCUGCUUUUAACUCUAAUCCACAUGCUGGAAGACUUUUCUGUUGUUUUUUGCCACUCCACAUCACGUAGUUUUAACAUUUCAACAAUUUUUUUUAUCCCAUAAUAAUGUCAUAAUAAUGUCGUGGUUCGAAGACUUUUCGAUCAAUAAAUAUGUUAGCAGAUAAAGAGGGAAAGCAGGAAUAAUAUGCUUUGGAGCCUUAAUGACAUUUCCCAGCUAAGCUAGAGUUUCUACUUGGUGGCAAAUAUGAAAACAAAAUUAAGGCAAUGGAAAUGUUUUACAUUUCAAACAACAAUAAAUACCUGAUGAAGUGAUUUGAAUUACCUCUAAUAGGAAAUGUAGUUUAAAAAUCCCACUGACCUUAAAUGCACCUCAAAAUACUACUAGCAGCCAUUAUUAUUGGUCCAUACUGUGGAAAUAUUAAAAAUUAUAUUGUAAGAUAGAAAACAAACAGAAGUGUUGCAGCUUUAACUUGAAAAACAGUCAGCUGGACGCUCCACCAAUGCCUUUUUUCCUGUUUUACUGUUUGAAGUACGUUCUGAAGUAUUACCCCCGUACUUUAAAUGGCGUUUCUGAUUUUUGGUGAAUAUAAGAGGUGAUUCCCAUAUGAUUAUAUAAUUCUCAAAGAUUUGAGGUCACAAACUGUGAACUCUUCCUCCAUGUAAAGUGCACACUCCCACCUCCCAGCUGUGCUGGCACCAUGUCUCCCACAUGCCGGGACCACUUUUGAUUUGAUGACUUUCAUUAUUUUAAUAUAUCUGUCAAAUGUCUGUACUGCAGAAGGUUUUUAAAUGUCUGUCAAAUACCAAAAAACCUUUGAGUGAAUAUACCUAACUUUCAAGACUUUGCUUUAAAAUAAAGGGUUUGGUUCAUGUAACCUAAGUCUAAAUGGAGAAAAGUAUCUGUUUUUACUCAUUUAUUUGCAUACGGAAAUGCCAAUCCAUUAUCUUUGGUAUGCCUUUUACAGCCGACAGUCAUUUCUGUCUAACAACCAGUGUUUUACUUGAAACCUGAACUUUUAGGGAAAUGUUCAAAAAGUCAGAUUUAACAAUUUAACUUUUAGUAAACUAUCGCAGAAGAGCUGAAGUUGUUAGUGCUGCAAAGGGUGGAAAUGUCACUGAGUCAGAUAAGUGUAAAGGCAGAUGAGACAACAAUUUUUGGCAUUCUGGUUUACUUUCUAUGUUUUUUAUAAAUGUUGCCCCUAUGUCAGGCACGUCACCCAAAAUACAUUUUAUUCCAUAUGGGUUACUAUGGAUAGUUUGGGCACCCAAACCUCUCCUCUUCAGUAAAGUUUUGACUCAGGGAGGGGCUGCAAAGAUUUUGUAAUCCAGCAGCGUCUUCAUGGAGUAGGGAGCAACAGAUUUUUCUAUUUUUGUUUGUCACAAAUUGCAGACAACACACACACUGAAACAGGGUGUAAUAAAAAUCUUUCAUGAGACUAAGUAGAUGUAUACACCCAUUGAUUACUUUAUAGUGAAUUGGAACCUGUUGAAUGCAGUGAAAUUAAUUUUUUGAAAUUAUUUUUUGUGGAUGUUAUCCUCUGGGAACUACGUAGGGAACACACUUAAAGCUCAUGAAAAUAAAAAAAUAAAUCCCACAAGCUAAUUUUUUGUUUUUAAUUCUGGGAUUUGUCCUGUCCUAUUUUGCUGAUGUCCUCAUGCUUCAUCAAAAAUAUGAAGUCUUUGUGGCAUAAAAUGUUUUUGUGAUAUUGUCUUUGCGAUGAGAAAUUAUGCUAAUUUUCUGACAGUUUUACAUAAAUGUUUGAAGCCUUUACGUAUUUUUUUUUAACUCUUUAUUGUUUCAUCUUUUUAAUGAAAUGGGUCUUAUGUACCAAAAUAUUUCCGCUAGUCUAGUUUUGGAAAAAUGCAAAGCACACGUUGAGUAAAACGACAAAUAAAUUCUAAUGGACUCCUUUUGUCCUUAA